AUGUGUGGUGUCAACCUGACUGUGGCAGCCGUGCGACUCGAAGGCGCAGAUGUGGCUGUCAGGUAUUGCCCGCGCUCGCAGCUGGCUCAGGGUAGAUGGAGGUUGACCGGGCUGCGACAACACACCGACUUUUACAAAAACAGCCGACGGACACUUGACGAACACAGCGGAUAUUCGCUGUUACGAUCGUCAUAUAUUUCCCACCAGGAAGAUUUAAACUUAGAACGAUGUUCACUCUCUAGAGUGUAG